UUUCUGGUUGCCCAGUGCGCAGUUGUCCGGCGUGCUCGCUGGCGUCUGGUUGAGUUCGCGUACGGGUCGACUCCUUUGCUGCUUGUGCUCUUCGUCCUCUGCUCUGCUCUGCAUCCUCCAGCCACUGAUCUUGUUGUGAGUGCCAGAAAGAGAUGUAGCAGCAACCACCACCACCGCCAUGAUGGUCUUGUCUGCCAGCACUUGCCACCAGCACCAGCACACUAGCUGCACCAUGCGCGUUGACGUUGUGGAGGCAUUGCAGGAAUUCUGGCAGAUGAAGCAAACGCGAGGUGCGGACCUGAGGAACGGCGCUCUAGUCAUUUACGAGUCGGUGCCUUCGGCAAGCGCCCCCUACGUCUGCUUUGUUACCCUACCCGGCGGCUCCUGUUUUGGAAGCUUCCAGAAUUGUCAGACGAAGGCGGAGGCGAGGCGAAGUGCUGCCAAAAUAGCACUCAUGAAUUCGGUGUUCAACGAGCACCCGUCCAGGCGGAUAUCGGACAGCUUCAUCGAGAAGGCUGUGGCAGAGGCCAGGGCUUCCUUCAAGGGGGAGCCGGAGGAGGCGGACAACCCGAACACAGGCAUCGGUGCAUUCCGCUUCAUGCUGGAGACGAACAAGGGCCGCACCAUGCUCGAGUUCCAGGAGUUGAUGACCGUGUUCCAGCUGCUGCACUGGAACGGUAGCCUCAAGGCGAUGCGCGAGCGACAGUGUUCGCGACAGGAGGUGGUCGCGCACUACUCGAACCGCGCACUCGACGACGAUAUGCGCGAACAGAUGGCGCAGGACUGGAUCGCGCGCGAACAGGAGAACGCCGGCGCACUCGGCCGCGAACUGGGUCUCGCCAAGCGCGAACUCGAGACCGCGCGGCUCGCCGGCCGCGAACUGCGCUUCCCCAAAGAGAAGAAGGACAUCCUCAUGAUGGCCCACAACAAGGUCAAUGGCGGAUCGCUGGCCAGCUAAGACCCCCCUCCCCCAUCAAUCGAUCAUAAUUUCCUAACACAAUUAACACUGCUCGUUCUAAUAUUCUGCCAUUAUUUCGUUGUUACAAGCUUUACAACUACUAUGAAAAAUAAUUGAGAGGAUAAAUACAACGGUGAAAUUCAAGAUUCAUUAUCAGGCUACAAGAGCAAUAAGCAAGUCAAGGUCAAGACUCAUUUUAUUCGUAAAAUGAAUAAAAUAGUUUUGAAGAAAUUGUAUUGUAUUAUGGCAAAUAAAGAAUUUGAUUCAAAAUGAUAAUAUUGAGUGACCUGGUGACCUGGCUGAGUUUUCUGGUCGCACUUGAUCUAUUUCAGGGCCUGUGACAUGACCUAACGACUGUUUUAUUUGUUAUCAGGCCACAAGAGCAAAAGGAAGGCAAGGAACAUUAUCCAUAUAAAAAUAAGUUCAUUAACUUAAGACUUAUACUAAAAUUACACAUAAAAGGUACCGGUAAUGGAGAAUACGAAAGAGUACACAAGUCAAAACAUGUAUUAAGUAGCCUACUGUAUAUUAAAACGCAAGUCAUUAGGAGAAAAAUCAUUGAUUUAGGGUAUAUUUCAUUCAAAUAAAAAAUUACUCAUCAAGUGAACAGGAAGUAUUUUAUUUUUAUUAGACGUCUGCAAAACCCCCUUUAGAACAAUAAACAAAAACAUACCCUGAUUAAACGAAUCUUUUGUUAUUUAUUGAGUCCAGGUACCGUACCCAUUGAUACAGAUUCAAUAUGGAAGUUCAAUUAAUGAUUGUGAUAAUCGUUACAAGCUUCAUAACUAUGUAACAGACCCCAAUAGAACCUCACUCUGCUUUUACGCAACAGCAACCCCUGAUAUACCUAACCCAACUUUAUCAAGAAUACUCAUUUGGACUUUUGGUCUGUUGUAUAGAUAGGAGACGAAAACAGUUUUGAGCUUACCCUAUUGUGCCUUUCCGAAUUUUUUAUAAUUUGUACUUGAUGGAAUAAAUAAAUAUCAACCAAACAAAUACGGAAAAAUGGUCACUUAGUCCUUUGAGGUAGGCCUACGUUAAAUUGGGGUUUGUAAUAGAUUUAAUAUUUGACACGUUUCACCCAGUGAGCUGUGGAAGAAGUAUGAGGAUUUGUCAAAUCGUUACAAAAAUAAAUUUCAAGUUUCGUCUAAACGAAUGAAUCAUUAGAGUUGCACUCGAUUGUCUAAUUACCGGCGAAAUGAUAAUUGAACUCUGAAAUAGAAUGAAAGCAAUACCUUACCAGCUCUCCCUCUCUUGUUAUUGUUAAUUAUUGUAGUUCAGAAUACCAUGGAAUGAAUCUUGCAGAAAAAAUAAAUGUAGGAAAUGAGAAACGAAAUAUGGAAUAGUAGUGAAGUAAUGCCUGGAUUGCCAACAAAGUCAUCACGUUUUGGGUGCCAACAAGUAUAAUAUCAAUUGAAGUCGAAUUAAAUUAGCAAAUGUGGUAAUCAAAGAAAAAUUGGACCAAAAUACAAUAGAUUUAUCCAUUUUCCACUCUCAAAACAAGUAAUUAUCAUUAUCGAAAUGAAAAUCAAAUAAUCGUAUCAACAAACAUGUUUCCAAUUUGUUAAUAAUGAAUUCCAAUAAGAAUAAACAUUCAGAACUUCUGUGUAUUAUCUAAUGUUGCCACCUGGUUAUUGCCACCAUUCAAGAGUGUAUUUUUCAAUUGUGAAUCUUUUAGUAACCUUUUUGUUCAAUUUUGAAACAAUAACUUUCUCGAGUAAUUUCUAAUUUAUCUAUUAACUUAUAAUAUUAUUAGGAGAUGUAUAGACUGAGAGAUUAAGACUUGUAGCCUGUACCAUAAUUUCUGAUUUGGCGAAUCUUAAUUACUCGAGUUUUAUUUCCAUGAGAGAGAGAGUAAAACAUCUCACUUUGAACAUUUUACAAUGAGUUUAAUCAAUACAUCUUUAUCGAAUGGAAUGCUAGUUUCUUGUCAUCAACAUCAAUAUUGAAGAGCUCAUGAGAAUGCCUUGGAGUGUUUUCAACCAUGUAUCCUCAUAAAUAAUUUCAUUUUAGCGUGGUUCUUUUUAUCAUCAGUGCUUGGUUGCUAAUGACUUUUUAUGAAUAUCAUGAUAAUAUUGUGACAAGCAUUUUGUUGUCUUUAACGUAGAUUCUUAGCUGAGAUAUUAAUUUAUUGCCAAGUCCUCUUAAAUUCCAGUGAUAGUGAAUAAAAUUUAUUAUUGAAUAACUGUGCUGAAAUGGUAAUAAUCGUCGGAUUAUCAAAAAUUAAUUUUUGAAAUAAUUCAUUGGGGUUUAAUGAAUUUCUAAUAUUCAAUAACUAGUUUAUAAAUAUUUUUGUCUGCUCAUUGGAAAGUUUUUAUUGAUCCUUCAUCUUGAAUGGUCAAGGCCGAAAAUAGUUUAUUGUUGCACGUAAUUUUAUUGACAUGAAAUUGUAUGGCAUUGCUUCCUUGAGCUUCAUUGCAAUGGAAAGUUGAAUUCGACUUGGAGGAAGCACAUUGUGAUCGGGAUUUGUGAAGGGUAGAAUGUAUGAUUAGUGAAGUGUUUUGUGAUCGUCAGUAGUUUUAAGUAACUUAUUUAACUUUGUAAUUUUUUUCUUUGUUAGUAUAAUGUAUUUGUACUGAACUGAAAGAAGUGUAGUAUAAGAUGGAGAUUUGAGUUGUUGGCAAUGAAAAUUGUAUUGUUUAAAAAAAUUCUAAUCUUCGUGAAUUGAAUACCAAAUUAUCUUCCAUUCGACUGAGUAAGACUGAUCAUAGUGUGUAGGUACUUCAGCAUAUUUACAAAAUCGAUAAAAAUUUGCAAUAUUUUGCUAUCAACUACCAUUUUGCUCAGAUUAAUCUCAUCAAUUCAAAUGAGUGACACAUCCGUUUGAUAGGUUUCAGCAAGAAGUUCGAAUGCAACUAAUACAUUCCGCAGAUUAAUAGACGUCAAAGUUGUUAAAAGGUUUUGAUUAUUAGAAAUUAUAGUCACUUCCAAGUUCGUUUCACACGAACUUACUUUAUUGAAAAUUUUGUCUUAAAGAUAUAUUAAAAUAUCGUAUCAGGUGCCACUGCUAGUAUUUUUUUUUCAUACUGAGUUUUAAAAAGUGAGUAUGCCAACUGAGACUGUCUCCUGAACUCUCAGCUUCAGGACUCAGUUUACUGGAAUACUCUGAAUUUUUAGUUUACUGUACUCCUUAUGAGGAUAUAGGCUACUGUAAUAUUUCAAAUCCUUCUGGUAGUUUGUACUUGUCAAUCUGAAGCUAUCCAUUUAAACAUUAAAACAUGAUUGAAUUCAUAACUAUGAAGCUGCUCCCAAUUCAAAAAACUAUUUCGACAACUUUAGUUCUACUAUUGAUAGAGCCUAAUAUUUCCAUUAUGUUGUGUCACUAUUAAUGAAUUAAUUCUUUUCACAUUUGUGAAUAGAAGUGAAUCAAGUGUGAAUAAAUAGAUGAGUACUGGUACAGUAGGCUAUGUUUCGGCAUCUAAGCUACGAAUAAUAAUGAUCUGUCUUACUUUGGUUUGCAAUGAUUUUAAAUUAUUAACAUGUAACUGUAAUCUAUGUAAAAAUUGUAAAAUUGUGAAAUAUUUUAGUUUUAAGUAAAUCUAUUUUCUAUUCUGAUUGUUGUUAUUUUGUGAUUUUUAUUUUCAGUUGGACGUGAUAUGUAUGUACUGUAUAACAUUUUUAACGGCGAAUACUCUGAAUUUUUAAACGCUGUGAAUCUUAACAUUCCAUUUAUCUAUAAUCAUUUUUAUCACAUAUAAUCUGCAUCACUUGCAAAUUGAUGCAUUUCUUACUGAUAGCCAAGUGCCAUAGCAUAUUCAUCUGUCUAGAGAUAGAUGGCCAUAGCGUCAUAGCCGUAACAAGUAAUUAAAAAAUUCAUUUCACACCAAGUAAAUGACUGUAAAGCCAGAAUUUGAUUUGAUUUCAUUUCUGUUUUGGAUUAUCUGGUGCUCAUAUUGCAUGCCAAGCUGCUCAUGAUUUUUUUGUACAUCUAGACUAGCUCUUGAAAUGAACAGAGAAUGUUUGCCAUUUAAGGAUAAGAAUGUGUGAUGAUUAUUAUUUGUGCGCAAUUACAUAGAUGACUUUAGUCUUUUGUGUGAGAUACAUGUUUAAAAUUUCAUAUUAAUUAAGAGUCCUGCCAUUUUGUAAAAUUUUACUGUAAUUAGAUCCAAAAUUUAAAUUAAUAAUAUUUAUUACUCUGUAGUAAUAUCAUAAGGAUAAAAAUUUUCAUAGUGAUAACUAAUCUGUGAUUUAAGGAUAAUUUUUCAAAAAUGUUAGUAGAGUAAAUUUGAUAUUCGGAGAUGCAUUCCUUUGAGUUCUUCUUGAGUCUUGUUUCUUUCUCUGAAUGAUGCAAUCAAAGCAUUCAUACAAUAUUGAUUCAAAUUUUAGAAGUUUAUUUAAUCUAAUAAGAAUUUGAGAAUCCAAUUUCAGAAUAAAAUGUAAAACUCAUGCAUUCUAUUAAUGCACAAUGUAUUCAUAUCGUUUUGCGAUUACUCACUUAUAAUUAAUUAAUUUCUGUGGAGAUUUGAUUUGUUCUCCAGCAUUAUUUGGUAAUCUAUUUGAUUUUACAGUUUAUCUCCCAUCCCAUUCACAUCUUCAAUUCGUAAUUUUCAGAGCGCAAUUCAUAUUUUUUGUAGAAUUUUGGGCCUGGAAUCUUCAGUAAAAAAUAAUAUAAAAAUUGUCUUAAUAGCUUAUUAAUGAUCUCAUGUGAUAUUCAAAACAUUUUAUUCUUCUGUAUAAUAUUCAAAUAAAAAGGAUGUAUAAUCUUGAAGGAGAAUGCAAAAAUGUAUGUAGCUUUUUGUAAUAAUAUAUAAAUAAAAAUAAAUCAAACUGACAA